AUGGAGCCCUUGCUGUCCGCUGAGGAUAUCACAGGACACGCGUCUCAUUCCGUUACCAAAAGUGGCAGAGUGUUCAACAUGACGUCUGAGCUUUCCUACACCCCGUCUGUCCGGGAUCAUGGUGCCAAGAUGGUGUGCGAGGUGAAGCACAAAGCCUUCCGAGGUUUGAGGAGACUGGAGAAACACAUAAAUGUAGUAGCCCGUCCUAACAAAAUGUACAUUACGAGUUCCCCUCUGGUCCCGCGGGCAGGGGAGAAGCUGGCUCUAAGCUGCAUCGUGGAGAAGUUUUAUCCAAAGCCGAUAGAGGUGAGCUGGGUGAAGAACCGUGAGGCGCUGACCGGUGUCACUCAGUACGGCCCCUUUCCCCGUGAUAAUGAUUAUUACAGUGUUUGGAACCAGAUCGAGUUCGUGCUGAGCGAGAAAGAUGACGGAGCCAUCUUCAUCUGCCAGAUCACACACAACAGCUUGGGAAGUCCGGCGGAGGUUUCUUACGAGAUCAACUUAAAAGGGAUGCCGCCAGAAGUCCAGUACAUAUCAGCCGACCCUCCGGAUCCUGGUGUUGGUGCGGAGACCCGACUCAGCUGUAUGAUUCAGAACUUCUUCCCUAUGGAUAUAGAGGUGGUCUGGCUCAGGAAUGGAGUUCAGCAGGACUUUGGGGUCUUCAACUCUCCCUGUGUGCAAAGCUCCCGAGGUCUUUAUUCGAUGUGCGCGAUGUUAAAGUUUAUUGCUCAGGCCGGGGAUCACGAGAGUGUUUUCACCUGUCGGGUGCAGCAUGUGGCUCUGAAAUCCUGCCAAGAGAGAACUUACACAUUGACUCUGUCUGGCUCUUCUGCAUCAUCAUCAAACGGAAGUUAAU